CCUUCUCCUUAAACCCUAAUUUCUUUCCUCUCCACUUCUCUCAAUGACCACCGUCGCAGUAUCGCCGCCGCAGCAGCCAGAGCAACUUGUUCCCACUUUGCAGACUUCAAGAGUGAGUCCCAAGACGGUGGAUGGCGCAGUCAACGCUCUGCUCAAAUGGAGAAGCGAAAAAUCAAAGACGGAGAAGCCUCAGCUUCUCGAGCAAGACGAAUUCGUCUACCUAAUCGUAACAUUGAAGAAGAUCCCACAGACGAGCCGUACGAAUGCUUAUCGUGUCCUUUUACCUCAUCCUCUUAUCAACCCUGCCGAAGAUUCUCCUGAGCUCUGCCUCAUUAUCGACGACAGACCUAAGAGUGGUCUCACAAAGGAUGAUGCGAUGAAGAAGAUCAAAUCUGAGAACAUUCCAGUCACUAAAGUUCUUAAGCUCUCGAAGCUGAAGACGGAUUACAGGCCUUUCGAAGCGAAGCGAAAACUCUGCGACUCGUACGACAUGUUUUUCGCGGAUCGGAGGGUGAUUCCUCUGCUUCCGAGGUUGAUCGGGAAGAAAUUCUUCGCGAGGAAGAAGAUUCCCGUGCCUGUAGAUUUGAAGCACAAGAACUGGAAAGAGCAGAUGGAGAAGGCUUGUGGGUCUGCUAUGUUCUUCAUGAGGACAGGGACGUGUAGUGUCAUCAAAGUUGGGAAGUUAUCUAUGGAAAGCGAAGAAAUCGCUGAGAAUGUGAUGGAGACAUUGAACGGAGUAGUUGAGUUCUUGCCUAACAAGUGGAAAUACGUUAGGUCUUUGCAUUUGAAGCUUUCUGAGAGUGUAGCAUUGCCUAUAUAUCAGUCCGUGCCUGACUUGAAGCUCAAAAUCGAUGCUUUUGAUACCGAGAAGAGUGUUGUUAAGGAAGUGAAGAAGAAAGGUAAAAGUGAUGCUGUUGUUGUUGAUGGUAGCGAGAGUAGUGAGAAGAGUGUUGCGGUGAAGGGAAAGAAGAAGAAAGGUAGGAUUCAUGAGGUUAGGUAUAUGGAUAGUAAUGUAUCUGAGGUGCUUGAUGAAGAUGAGAUCGGUGAUGUGGAGGUUAACAAUGAGAUUGUCGAGUCCGGUGAUAAGGAGAAGAAGAAGAAGAAGAAGAGGAAGAAGGAGAUAAGUGAGGUUGCAGAGAGCGAGAAGCCGAUGAAGAAAACGGCCAAGGGGAAGCUGAAAGAGAAGAGUAAGGAUGUGCUAAAGCCGAAAAAGACAAAAGAAGUGUCUGGUGGUGGUUUGAAACCGAAGAGGAAGAAGAGUGUGCUUAGAAAUUGAGGCACUCGAAAGACCAGGAGUUAUAACCUUUUUGAGUGUUACUUUUCUUUUGAAUUGAGUGAUUUUGAGUCUGAUUUUAUGUUUUAUCGUAGUUCUGAUUACGUUACCUUGUACUGCUUCUCUGAAACAUCGAACUGGUGAAUGUGGUUUAAUGGUUUUUUGGAGGAAUCAUACAACUGUUACCGUU